AUGCGUACUGAAAUAAACAAGACAACGUCUGCUGAAGACAUCAUUAAGAUAUACAACACAGACCUCUCUGGCAAAGUAGCUAUUGUCACAGGCGCCAACUCGGGAAUUGGUCUUGAAACAGCUCGUGUCUUGGCUCUCGCUGGUGCCAAAGUCAUUGUUCCUUGUCGCACGCUCGAGAAAGCAACUCAAGCCAUCAGCAAUAUUCAAAAGAACGUACCUCAUUCAGUCGAUCUGGUGCCUAUGCAAAUCGAUUUAUCCGACUUGGCUACCAUCAAGACCUUUGUAGACCAAUUUCUUCAGCUUAACCUGCCUUUGAACUUGUUGAUCAAUAAUGCGGGUGUGAUGGGAUGUCCUAAAACCAUGACAAAAGACGGAUUCGAGAUCCAGUUUGGUGUGAACCAUCUAGGCCAUUUUUAUCUGACUACACUCUUGCUAGAUAAACUGAAGGCAAGUGAAUCCUCGCGUGUGGUGGUGCUGAGUUCAAGUGGCAAUCGCCAGUUUUGUUCGCCUGAGGGCAUUGAUUUUGACAACCUGAACGGCGAAAAGAUCUAUCGUCCUUGUCUAGCCUAUGGACAAUCCAAGCUCUGUAAUAUCUUGUUUGCUAAAGAACUCCAGCGUCGAUUGGAUGCGGAAGGUGCUGAUGUGAUUGUAACUAGUGUUCAUCCUGGGGCAGUCAAGUCCAAUUUAGGUCGACAUUUUGGUUUGUCUGGAAUAUGGGAUUUUGUGCGGUCCACAAGUGAUGUGGGUUCCAUGGUUCGUGAAUUGGUAGUAUGGAAGUAUGAGAGUGUAGGUGCUUCUACUAGCAUUUACUGUGCAGUAUCUCCUGAUGUCAUCAAAGGUGAAUUUUAUGCAGACAAUGAGGUCAAUCGAACCUAUUUAAAUGACAGUGCUGAUAAUGCAGACAUGGCUAAACAACUUUGGAAAGUCUCCGAACAUAUGGUUCAACAAGUCAUGAAAUAA